UAUUGAUCGAUUUUCUUACUAGUAAUUGCUGUUUUACGUUGAUAUUGAGAAUCAUGAGCCAUAUCCGUAGGUUGAUAAAUGAUAUAAAACCAACCUUGUUGAUGGUAGUGGCUCAACUGGUGUUUGCUGGAGGAAAUAUGCUGUACAAACUAGCAGUUAAUGAUGGAAUGAGCUUCAGUGUUAUGGUUGCUUAUAGAUAUAUUUUCUCUACAGCUUUUAUGCUCCCUAUAGCUCUCCUUGUUGAAAGGAAGGGUAGACCAAAAAUAAAUUUGAUGAUAAUCUUUCAAGCUUUUCUCUGUAGUUUAUUCGGGGGAUCUCUAUAUAUAUAUCUGUACUUGAAGAGCAUGGACCUAACAUCUCUAACAUUUGUUACCGCAAUGACUAACCUUUCCCCAGCUGUCACUUUUGUUUUAGCUCUUUCUUUUGGGUUGCGCAGAUUAGAGAAGGUGGGUGGAAUAUGGAGUGCGGCUGGGAAGGCCAAAGUGUUGGGGACAUUAAUGGGAAUAAGUGGGGCGAUGCUUCUCACAUUAUACAAGGGAGUUGAGAUUAGUAUUUGGUCAACAAAUAUAAACCUUCUACACCAUCCUGCCUUACACCAUUCCCAAACUAAUAAUACUAAAACCCUCUUUGGUUGUUUAUUGGCCCUGGCCUGUUGCUUCUUGAAUGCUUCAUGGUUGAUCAUUCAGGCUAAAAUGAGUGAAAAAUACCCAUGUCAGUACUCCAGCACCGCUUUGAUCUCUCUAAUGGCAGCAAUAGAGUCGGCUGUUUUUGCUCUCUUUGUGGAAAAUCAUGAUUGGAGUCGAUGGAAAUUGGGCUUCAAUAUUAGGCUUCUCACUGUAGUUUAUACGGGACUAUUUUCUUCUGGUUUGAUGGUCACCUUAAUGAUCUGGUGUGUGCAAAUGAGAGGACCUCUAUUUGUAUCUGUAUUUAGUCCUCUUUUGCUUGUUCUAGUAGCUUUAGUUGCUUCGUUACUACUGGAAGAGAGGCUAUAUCUGGGCAGCAUAUUAGGGGCAGCCAUGAUCAUAUGUGGGCUAUAUGCGGUGCUGUGGGGUAAAGCAAAGGAGAUGAAGAAAUCAGUUGACUUAAUUCCAUCUAGAAUCUCAGGAGAAAUUCAAUCAACUGAGGCUGUCAUCAACUCUCCAACUGACUACACAUCCAACGGUAAUGAUUCCGAAACUACACGUGCAAAUGAUAGUUAUUGAGGGAGAUACAUCUACAUAUCACCUAAACGACUGAAGUAAAAUAUAUAUAUAUAUAUUGGCUCUGAAGAGGCUGCAAUAAAUAGUUGUACUAAUUUUAGAAUGGUAGAGUGACUUGGAUUACAGCCCAAAUAUAUCAAAAUAUUUCCACAGUUGAUGUAUA